AAAGUUUUCUAUUCAUUAUCAUUCGUGUUUGUUUUGGGUUUAUUGAAUAAAAUACGAGUAUUUUAAUUUUUACAAAUUAUAUUUCAGAAACCAUUGCUCUAGUAUUUAAUUAUAAAAGUGCUGUUAUUAAAUGACAUAAUGACGACUUUGAACCUUGCUAGAAAAGACGGUGGCCCAGGUUAUGUUGGUAUACAGUUUUGUUUGGAAUGCAACAACAUGCUUUACCCGCGCGAAGAUAAAAACAACAAAGUUCUGUUGUAUGCUUGUAGAAAUUGUGAUUAUAAACAACUUGCUGAUUCUAACUGUGUUUACGUGAACAAAAUUAUGCACGAAGUCGAUGAGUUGACUCACAUUAAUCCCGAUGUAGUGAGUGAUCCGACAUUACCUCGUACGAAGGAUCACAUGUGCCCAAAGUGUAGCCACAGGGAAGCGGUAUUUUUCCAAGGGCAAACAAGACGUGCUGAAGAGGAAAUGAGAUUGUACUAUGUGUGCACAAGUUGCAAACACAGGUGGACUGAGUGAAAUUUACAUAAUAUUUACUUCAAAACAUUUAAUAUAACUAUUUUAAGAUUAAUAUUCUGUUUCAUUUAAAUAUUGUCCCUGUAAUUUCACAUAUCUUGUCUGUAUAUUCUACAUGGUCAAAUGAGUAUAAAUUUCUUGAAAUUUCCAUCCAAAAGUCUAAUUAUUAAGAAUAUUGAAUAUAUUCAUAUGUUUAUGAUACAUAUUAAGGUAAUAUAGUUACCUGCCCUGAACUCAUACUCACCUUAUCAUUCUGCACGGCAGGUAGGUGAACCAUUCCAUUAUCAUCCAUCAAAUAAAAUGUGACUCUUUUUAUAAACAAUGAUAGAGUUUAAAUUUGUGUAAGGGAGUGAAUUCAAGGUAAUCUAUUUGUUCUGCUUUCUUCAUUGUCUUCUUAUUUAGUGUUUAGAGUCGCUGCCUUGAACUAGCCUCUAAUGUCAACAUUGUGAGUGUUUUCAAACACUUCCAUAACAUUCCAAUUCUCCUGCAAAUGUAAAUUUAACACUCAUUUACUGUUACCAUUUAGGCAGUUUUUUUGUAAAUGAUAAUGGAAUGUGGCAUCUGCCUGCGCUAACGGUUUACGUUGGCGGGGCACCAGUGGAAGAUGAUUAAUGAACAUGAGGUCAGGUCAGUUAGCCCAUCGUGACAAAUUCAGCAAGAAUUUAUCACACUGGUUUCCAGGGGAACUGCAUGGAGGUCAACCUUACUCCUUUCCACC